AUGUCCAGCUUGUUUAAACUCUCUAUACAAGGAAUUCGGUCUUUUGACUCAGAAAGACACGAAACGAUUCAAUUUGGGUUUCCAUUAACUUUAAUCUGUGGGCAAAAUGGGUGUGGAAAGACAACAAUUAUUGAAUGUUUAAAAUAUGCAACUACUGGUGAUUUGCCUCCGAAUUCUAAAGGUGGAGCAUUUGUUAAUGAUCCUUCAAUAGCAUCUCGAAGUUCUGUAACUGCCCAAGUGAAAUUGGCGUUUUUGAAUGCAAAUGGUAAAUCCAUGAUUACUACUAGGACUAUGCAGUUAACCAAAAAGAAGACCAGAUCAGGUGUUUCAUCAAACACUUUUAAGACGUUGGAUGGUCAGUUAGCAGUAAUGGACAAGGGAACGAAAACAACUAUUAGCACGAAGAAUGCCGAAUUAGAUACAUCAAUCCCAAUUUACUUAGGUGCUUCUAGAGCAAUAUUGGAUUAUGUUAUAUUUUGUCAUCAGGAUGAUAGCUUAUGGCCAUUAAGUGAAGCUUCAGUUUUAAAAAAGAGAUUUGACGAUAUAUUUGAGGCUCUGAAGUUCACAAAGGUCCUAGAUAAUUUAAAGACGAUAAAGAAAGACAUGACUACGGAUAUUAAAUUAAUAGAGCAAAGCGUCCAUCAUUUGAAAAUAGAUAAGAGCAGAGCAAAGAAAAUCAAUGAAAAAGUAAACGAUUUGAACCAAAAGGUAGACACCUAUACAGAAGAGAUUGCAACCAUAACUAUGGAUAUUGAGGAGAAGGAAAAAGAAGCCGAAGCGUUAUUCUUAUCAAACCAACAAUUUCAUGAAACGCUAUCCAAAAUUGAACAUUUAAACUUUAUUCAAAAAUCGUAUAAGGAGCAAAUAGAUAGGCUAAAUAAAUCAAUCUAUAAAUUGCCAGAUCUGGAUGAGGAAUUAAGGGAACAAUUGAAUAACUAUGAAAAUAUAACUAACGAAAAGGCCUCACAGAUAAAGAGGUUAAAUGAUGAAAAUGUAAAAUUACAUGAAAACUUGAAAGACAAAAGAAAUGAAUUUAACCAAAUCAUACGAUUAGAGGGCUCAUUGAAGUCGAAGGAAGAAUUUUAUAAGGAAAACGUAAUUAAUUUAUCAAAUCUUGUUCUCAAAUCGCAAGACUAUUUUGAUUUAUCAUAUACAGAUGUUGACCUAAAAGAUGAUGAUAAGAUUGAAGAAUUUAAAGAAACCAUAGAAAAAAAGUUACAAGAUUUAAAAUCGGAUUAUAAUACUUUAGUUAAUAAGCAUUCCGAAGAUGAAUCACUUCUCGAAAGCGCUGUUCAAGAAGUAACUAAUUCUAUAGCGAGAGAAAAACAACACCAAGACUAUUGUAACGAUGAUAUUGAGCGAGGAAGGAAAAAAAUAAAUGAAUUUAAGAAAAAGAUGGACCAUUUGCAAUAUAACGAAGGUGAUUUGGAAAUAGAAAGGUCUGAGUUAGAAAGUCUACUUUCAAGAUAUGAAGAAAAAAAGAGCCAGAGUGAUUCCAGCAGAUAUGAGUCUAAAGUGGAUUCAUAUAAUGGUGAUCUCUUGACCCUAGAACAUGAAUUAGAAGAACUUAAUAAAAAGAUUUCUGCAAGUAACAAGCAAUCAGACGUACAUGCGAAGUUAUCUUUAUUGAAUGAAGCAAUCAUGCAUAAAUCUAAAGCAUUAUUAAAGAUUAUUUCCAGCAACGAGAAAUUGUUCUCAGAGAGAACAACUUUACCACUUAAGGCUGAAACAUGUGAAGAGAUACUUACCAAAUAUAUAUCAUCAAAUUCGGAUGAGGUCGAGAAAGAACAGGUUGUUGUAAGCACUAAGAGCAAAAAGUUUGAUUCAUUAAACGCGUUAUUGGACUCAAACAGUGAAACUAUGAAAAGUUAUGAAGAAAGAAUUGGAAAAUACAAAGAACGCAUACUCAAGGAGAUCACAGAAGAUGAAAUUGAUCAAUACGAGCAAAUAUUAGAGGAUUUAGAAGAAGAUUUCCGUGAUACCCUGGAAGCAUUAAAUACAUUUGAAGUAAGUCGACAAUUUAAAAUCAAAGCAAUAGAAAUAGCCAAGAAAGAUGAACAUUGUACAUUAUGCUUAAGGUCAUUUGACUCUCCUGGAUUAAAGAAUUUUGUUAGUUUGUUGCAAGAUGAUGUGAAAAAGAUGAAUGUUGAAGAGUUAACUAAGAAUGUUGAGAUAGCAAAAAAAGAAUUAGAAUCAACUAAAGCGAUAAAUUCUGACGUACUUCAAUAUAGGAAGCUCUCUCUGGAAGUUACAGAUCUUAAGUCGCAUAUAGAUAAGACCAAGCUGGAUACUUUAAACGCAAAGGAAGAUUUCGAAACUGGACUUAAUCGCUUAGGAAAUUUAAAAUCUAACAUGGACGCUUUAAACUCUUUAAAGAAUCCUAUUUACGAUAUUGUAAGAAUUAAAAAUGAUAUCAACGAUAGUAAUAGACAAAUAGAGGCGUUGAAAGAUGAGUUAAGCGAGUAUGGAGUGUCGAAGACUCCACUCGACGAAUUACAACAGCUUCAACAAUCUAAGAACAUGGAGAUUAAGGAUUUGAGAAUACAAAUAAACGAAAUUAAUGAAUUAAAAUUCACGAAACAGAAAGAGCUCGCAAGAUUAGAAAAUAAUAUCAAAGAUAAACAGUUGGCAAUAAGUAAUAUGGAAAGAUCGUUCGUUGACCUCAAAAAUCUUAGAGAAUCUAUUGAUGAAAAUGAGAAACAUAUUAACGAGUUGAAUAAAAAACUGACUGACAUCAAGAAUGUUUUGGAUGAAUUUCAUGAUAAACAAAAUGUUCAUCAAGAAGAAUUAAGGAAAACUAAGGAUAGUAAUAAGAAAAUACGAGAAAAAGAAGUCAGCAACGUAGAUAAAAUUGAAAAGAUUGUUUCAAACUUUUUGAGUCUCUACAAUGCUACUAAAUCAUUUUUGAAAAUUGAAUUACCAAAAUUGAAGGAAGUAGAAACAAAAAUUAGAGAGACCGAAAGUGUGACAAAAGGAGUUGAAAUUGAAAUACUGGAAUCGGAAUCCCACAUAAAACGCCUUGAAAAGUCCAUUAAUGAAUCAUCAAAUUUUAAAAGUAAUAUUCGUGAUAACUUGGAGUAUAGAAAUGUUCAAAAAGAAUUGGAGGGUAUUGAUAACCAAGUUCAUAGCCUUGAUAUUUCAAAUGCUCAGGCCAAGAAAGAUGAAUAUCAAGAGACGUCAAAGAAUUUGAGAAAUAUAUUAACAAAACUAAAUGCAGAUUAUGCUGGAAAAGUGGGCGAGGUAAGACAGAUGAAAGAUCAAAUAUCAUCGCUCCAAAAUGAGCUAAGUAACGAAUACAAGAAUAUCGAUAGAACAUACCAUGAAGAAUGGAUUAAGUUACAAACAAAUAUGUUAGUAUCAAAUGAUAUACAGACUUAUUCGAAGGCGUUAGAUAAUGCAAUAAUGAAAUAUCAUAGUAUGAAAAUGGAAGAUAUAAAUAGAAUAUUAGGCGAGUUAUGGAGACAAACAUAUAAAGGUACCGAUGUUGAUACAAUCUCAAUAAAAAGUGAUGUCAAUGUUCAAGCGAAAGGUAAUAGAUCUUAUAAUUAUCGCGUGGUAAUGUAUAAACAGGAUUCUGAAUUGGAUAUGAGAGGUAGAUGUUCUGCAGGUCAAAAAGUUCUUACAAGUAUUCUCAUAAGAUUAGCGUUGGCGGAAUGUUUUGGAGCAAAUUGUGGUAUCAUUGCUUUAGAUGAGCCAACAACGAAUUUAGACCUGGAAAAUACUGAAUCAUUGGCUCAGGCUCUAAAUAAAAUAAUUGAAUUCAGAAAAAACCAGAAAAACUUUCAAUUAAUUGUCAUCACACAUGAUGAAAAGUUCUUGAGUCAUAUCAAUGGGGAUAAUUUCACAGAUCAUUUCUAUAGGGUUCAAAGAGAUGAACACCAGAAGUCAAUAAUCAGAAGCUUACCUAUAAGUCUUAUUCAAGAAGAUUAA